AUGCCUCGAUUUGCCUUAAUAAUUACCUGGAUAAUAUUGGGACUUGGUCUCGUUUCGGUUUAUUUCCCGACUCAAGCUCAUUUCAUACAAAUUGAUCAUGAGGAAUUUCGUGCCAGCGGUUUUCCGCAUCCCCAUUUGCCACCACCACCGCCUCUAACACCGCUGGAUCAUCUGCCACAAUUGGUGGCUACCAAGGAACUGACACCAGCCGAGGUGAUGGUUGAUCUGACAAACGAUUUAACCCAACGUCUGCUUCACUAUCAUUCCAUUCUCAAUCGCAAUAAUUUCGCCUUUUCGCCAACUGCUUUGGUCAGUGUCUUGGUGGCUCUAUACGAAGGAUCAGCCGGACAGAGUGCCAAUGAACUGCGCAAUGUACUCCAAUUGCCCAACAAUCGUGAUGUCAUACGAGUUGGUUAUCGUGACAUCCAUCGACGGCUGCGUACUUAUUUUUUUGGAUCGGAUAAUCCUUUAAAGGGUCUUAGCAUGAAUAGAAAUAAUGUGACAGUGCUAAAAGAUUUUGAAACAAUUCUAAUGUUCUAUGGCUACGAUCUGAGUGUCGAUAUGAAGUCGAGCAUGCCAGCUAAUAUCACAUCGGACUCGAAGAUGGCCAAUACUACCUUAGCCAGCAAUGCCACAGCGGAGGAAAUGCAAGCCGAGAUUACAACAAUUAAAGAUACGGAGGCUACCACUACCACAGAAGUUCCGACCACUACAACCACAGAAGAGGCUACAACCACAGAGGAGGCAACUACCACCACAACGGCAGCCGAGGCAGAAACUGAAGCUGCAACCGAAGAAGCCCCAGCCACAGAUUCAGCCGAAGAAGCUGGUGGUGGUGAUGAGGCUGCCGAGCUGGUCUCAGCUUUUGUGGCCGAAGAGGAUGCAGAACCCCUUUUGCGGAUACAAAAAGCACGGGUUUCCCGUUUACCCACCAGCAAGCUGCAGGCUCCUCUAAAACACUCCAAUCCCAUAACACCAAAGCCAAGCUAUUUGCCCAGUGCUCGGGUAGCAGUAAUGCCCAUGAUGGAACGUCAGGUGGCGGCUCCACCGCCAAGAAGGAAUACAACAUCAGCGCCAGGCAUACGUAAAAUAAUUACGACCAUAAUUCCAGCUCAACCAGUUCAGAAACCAAUGAAUAACUCAGCUACCCGUAGGGCCAAGGCUACACCGGCACGACAUAAACGACAUAUUUUCGGUUACAAGGAUCUGGAUGCAAAUCUCUUUUUGACCCUAUUCAGUCCACAUGAAGUGGCACAUUCGCAUCCAUCUCUUCUACCAGCCACGCCUGCUUUUGCCCACAUCAACAACGAUUUUGAACCACAUUAUAUAGGCGAGGCAGCCGAAAGUAAAUCGAAUUACAACACAGAUGUUAUUAGCCAUGUCUUCUAUCUGGGCAGCCAGCAGAUUGUCCACACGACCUUUAAAGUCUACAAUGCUGUGCUCUAUUAUAAAUAUUUUGAGCAUUUGAAGAUGAGUGUCCUGGAACUGGAACUCGAUACACCUGAAUAUAAUCUAAUGAUUCUAUUGCCGGACUAUCAUACGGAUAUUGUUGCAGCAGCCGCUGCCCUCAAAUUGGGGCCCACAUUACGUCUGAUGCGAAAGCAACUAAAGCCGCGUUGGGUUCAGGCAAUUAUACCCGAUUUUAAAUUACAUGGCACGAUGUUCUUGACCAACGAUUUGCAGAAUAUGGGAAUCUGUGAUAUAUUCGAACCAAAUCGAGCUGAUUUCCGACCCAUGACUGAUGAGAAAGGCAUCUACGUGCGACACAUUGAGCAAUCUAUAGACGUUAACAUUCGAACACAUCCCAUCAAUCAGCUUAAGCGCAACUAUGGUGCUCAAACGAAACCCAUACAGAUCUCUGUAAAUCAUCCGUUUUUGUUUUUCAUCAUCGAUCGCGACUUGGACGUGGCUGUGAUGUCAGGCCGCAUACUCAAUCCCCUGAAUGUGCGCAUCCAAUGA